AUGAAUCCUUUACACUCAAGUGAUGAGUUGUACUAUCAGAUUUCAUCUGCUAAUUAUUCCCUACCAAUCCUAACAACCCCUGAAGAUCAGAUCUUUCAUGAGCCUCUGAUAAAUGUCAGUGCUUUUCCUUCUACAAAUCAAAUCAGAAAGGGCAAGAAGCAAAAACAGUUAUCUACUUGGGGAACAGAAGAUUAUAAGAUUACCACAGAUGAUAACAAGAAGAGGAUGCAUAGGGAGAUCGAAAAACAAAGAAGGCAAGAUAUGACAAGGUUUUGCACCACCUUUCGAUCUCUUCUGCCUCUUGAAUAUAUUAAGGGAAAGCGCUCAACUUCUGAUCACAUACAUGAGGGUACAAAUUAUAUCAGGUAUCUUCAGAAUAAGGUGAAGCAAUUGGAAGCCAAGAAGGAGGAGUUAAUGAAGUUGUCAAAUUUGAGUCCUGUUGGCCCUGAAAGUGGAAGCUUUACUAUCCAUCGUUCAACCUAUGUCACUGUUCAUCCUUGUCCUGGAGGUGUUCAGAUUAAGUGUAGUUAUAGCUUCACUAAGCAUGUGUUUCCUUUGUCAAGAGUGCUAGAAAUAGUACUUAAAGAAGGACUAAAUGUGGUCAACUGUACUUCCACAAAAACAGAUGAUCACAGAUUCAUACACACUAUCAGAUCAGAGGAUCCACAUAUGAUGACUGGGCCUGAUUACACUGAACUUCAAAGAAAGCUUAUCGAAGCAAUAUCAUCUUCAUGUUUGGAGGAGACUGUCUGA